AUGCCCAAAGACCCAACGAAUCUUGAGAAGAACUUACCACAGUCCAUCGCUGCGCUGCUCGUCCGGACCCUCUACGGUUUCGACGUACAAGACAGACACGACAGGAUGCCCAAGCUCCCACGGGACUGUAUUGAUGGAACGCGCGAGCUCCGCAUCUCAGGCUGUUUCCUUAUGAACUUCCUUCCCAUCCUGCGCCUCGCGCCAUCGUUCGUCCUCUUUCAGCGCAAGCUCGCGAGAUGGUGCCUGGUGAACAUCUGGUUGACGAAAUGGUUCUCAAAUUGGGGAGAACGCGACGCAUACCCUUGUAUGAUCGGCGAAGACAUCGCGGUUUUUACUGGUGAGAGCAAAGAUGAAGACAUGCCUUCGGCAGCAUACAUGGCCGUGCCGUUAGUUAACGCGGCAGGGACGGACAUGACCAUGUCUAUCCUCCAAAUCAUCAUCUUCGCCAUGUCCCUCAACCCCCCUAUUCAAGCCCAAGUGCAGGCAGAGCGGGACGCAAUUGUCGGUCCCGACCGACUCCCUGACUUCAGCGACCGCGAGUCCCCCGUGUACCUCGACGCAAUCAUCAAAAGGGCGAUGCGCUGGAUUCCGUCUUAA